GUCCCCUGCAAACAGCUCGUCGUUUUAGCUAAAGCCGCUGACGAUAACGAAUAUAUAAGCAUACGAUGCUUUGGGCGACGGAUGUGAUCUUUCUGCCAAAACGACACCGUUUACCCCUUCCCUCGAAAGAAAACACCAUACCAGACCUUCUUCUUCGUGUUCAAGCUCUCCGUAUGUAGUAGUUUAAUCCAAAUUAAACAUCAAAAAUUAUACUAUUUUCAAAUUUGCACAUCACAAUAAAUAAAAAUACCGAGAAAAUGAGAGAAUCUAAUUUAAGAUUUCUAUCAUUAGUGUUAAUUUCAUGUUACUUUACUGAGUUAACUUCAUCUACCGUAGUUUUAAAUCAUUUCUUCUCCUUCCCUGACCUUCCCGCAAAAUCCGCCGUUGGUGUGAAUAAGUCAGGUAUUUGUGGAGCGUUACACGUGGCCAAUCCAGUGGAUGCUUGUAGUCCGAUACUCAAUCGUUUUGAAUUGAAUGGAACAAAAGGAGGAAGAAUAAGGUUUGGUUUAGUUGAUAGAGGUGAAUGUUCUUUUGAGGAUAAAAUUCGAAAUAUACAAGAUGGUGGAUUUAGUGCUGCUAUUGUAUUUGAUGAUAGGGAUAAAAGAAAUUUGGUUUACAUGAUGAUGAACCCUAAGGGCAUCAAGGUGCAUGCUGUUUUUGUUUCAAAGGUAGCUGGUGAAAUUUUAAAGGAGCAUGCUCGUGGGGAAGAAGGCGAAUGUUGCAUUUACUCUUCUCACAAUGAUACAGCUUGGACUGUUUUAGCUAUAUCAUUUCUUUCUCUUCUUUUCAUAGUAGCUUUCCUCAUGAUAGCCUUCACCUUGUCCAGACAUUGGUUAUUCUUGCAGCGAACAAAUUCUCGUUGUAAAACUGUGGAUGUGAGGCUGCUGGAAGGGUUUCCCCGCUUCACAUUCCAUUCUGCUCAAUUGAAUCGCUGCCACAGUGGAGAAACGUGUGCCAUUUGUCUUGAGGAUUACAAAGAUGGGGAAAUUCUUAAAGUUCUUCCUUGCCAACAUGAAUUUCAUUCAGGCUGUGUGGAUUCUUGGCUGACUAAGUGGGGAACAUUCUGCCCGAUAUGCAAAUUUGAUAUAAAGACCGUGCUGCUUCAAGAAUCAAAGCCUCUUGAUUAUCAUGGAUGUUCAAUCAAACUGCAUUUUAAGUUUGCCGUGGAUCUCAACUGGACAAUGAGAAAUUACUGCUUAUUUGGAAGUUGCAGGCUUAACCACGUGUAUUCGCUGAUAUUUGCUGGCUCCAUCCAGAUAUAUCACUUCUCCCCAACGAGAUACAGAUUCUGUGUAUGGCUAUUACCUAAAUGUCAGUAUUGUAUAAGAAAAAUGAUGAGCACAGAAGAAUUCCAGCAAAAUGAAUAUAUAAAUUGCAGUAAGCAGAGUGUCCAAUUUCCACUGCUUCCACAGUAUUCUUUAGUGGAGGAUGAGCAAGCAGAAGUGAGAUUAGGAGCUGAAGUUGUCACUGUUGAUGUUAAGGCAGCUAAGGAUCUUCUUCAGUCCGGCUACGUUUAUCUAGAUGUUAGGACUACUGAAGAAUUUAUGAAAGGACAUGUACAUUCAGAGAAGAUACUCAACAUUCCUUACAUGUUCAACACACCAGAGGGUAGAGUGAAAAAUCCUAAAUUCUUGCAGGAGGUCUCAGCUGUCUGUAAACUUGAUGAUCAUAUUGUUGUGGGUUGUCAAAGUGGAGUCAGAUCCCUCUAUGCCACUGCUGAUAUGCUAAGUGCUGGUUUCAAGGAUGCUAGCAAUAUGGGAGGAGGUUACCUUGCUUGGAUACAAAAUAAGUUCCCUUUGAAGAUUGAGGAGCCGCAGGAGCAAAAGAAUGAGCUCUGAUUUGUAAAUUACAUUAAAAGUAGUUUUGUAUGCUUUGGCCAUAAAUAAUUUCGGCAUAUGUAACUAUAAUUAUAUUUUGGGUUAAUAACAUGUAACAUCAUCAUCUUUAUAUUACUUUAUAACGACCUUUAUCA